GCGGCGCGCGGGAGCCGCCGCUGCUCACCGAGAGGCUGGGCGCUCGCUGAGGGCGUCUUCCUCGGACCCGGUUCCUUACCUUUGCCAGCCCUGCCCGGUCCCAAAUCGAGCCCAGUGAACUGGCCCGUCCCCCGCGGCCCGACUCUCAGCAGCCCCUGGUCCCAGUGCCCACCCCGGCGACACGGAGCGGCCGGGCGCCGCGCCCCCCCGACGACCGCGAUGCCGAACGUGCAGCUGCCGCCCAAGGAGAGCAACCUCUUCAAACGCAUCUUGAAAUGUUACGAACAGAAGCAAUACAAAAAUGGCCUCAAGUUUUGCAAGAUGAUUCUUUCAAACCCAAAAUUUACUGAACAUGGAGAGACUUUGGCUAUGAAAGGAUUAACAUUGAACUGUUUAGGAAAAAAAGAAGAAGCAUAUGAAUUUGUUCGUAAAGGACUUCGUAAUGAUGUCAAGAGUCAUGUUUGUUGGCAUGUAUAUGGACUCUUGCAGCGUUCUGAUAAAAAAUAUGAUGAAGCUAUUAAGUGUUACAGAAAUGCCCUCAAAUUGGAUAAAGAUAAUCUACAAAUUUUGAGGGAUCUCUCUCUGUUGCAGAUCCAAAUGAGAGACCUUGAAGGUUACCGAGAGACGAGGUAUCAGCUUCUUCAGUUGCGUCCAACACAGCGGGCUUCCUGGAUUGGAUAUGCUAUUGCAUACCAUUUGCUGAAAGAUUAUGAUAUGGCACUAAAACUAUUGGAAGAAUUCAGACAAACUCAGCAAGUCCCACCCAAUAAAAUAGACUAUGAAUAUAGUGAACUGAUAUUAUACCAGAAUCAAGUGAUGAGAGAGGCAGAUCUGUUUCAGGAAUCUUUGGAACAUAUAGAAACAUAUGAGAAACAAAUAUGUGAUAAACUUUUGGUGGAAGAAAUCAAAGGAGAAAUGCUGUUGAAAUUGGGAAGACUAAAAGAAGCUGGUGAAGUAUUCAAAAACUUGAUUGAUCGGAAUGCAGAAAAUUGGUGUUAUUAUGAAGGCUUGGAAAAAGCUCUGCAACUUAGCACUUUAGAAGAGAGGCUUCAAAUUUAUGAAGAAAUUAGUAAGCAGCACCCCAGAGCAAUUUCACCUAGAAGAUUAUCUUUGAAUCUUAUCCCAGGUGAAAAAUUUAGAGAACGAAUGGAUAAGUUCCUGAGGGUUAACUUCAGUAAAGGUUGUCCACCCUUGUUUACUACUUUGAAAUCUUUAUAUUACAAUACAGAAAAGGUUUCUAUAAUCCAGGAGCUUGUUACUAAUUAUGAAGCCUCUCUUAAAAUGUGUGACCUUUUUAGUCCUUAUGAGAAAGGAGAGAAGGAACCCCCAACAACACUACUGUGGGUUCAGUAUUUCCUGGCACAGCACUUUGAUAAACUUGGGCAAUAUUCCUUGGCUUUAGAUUAUAUUAAUGCUGCAAUUACUAGUACUCCAACACUAAUUGAAUUAUUCUACAUGAAAGCAAAAAUUUACAAGCAUAUGGGUAAUCUCAGAGAAGCUGCAAAGUGGAUGGAUGAAGCGCAGUCUUUGGACACAGCUGAUAGAUUCAUCAAUUCCAAAUGUGCAAAAUAUAUGCUACGUGCAAAUAUGAUAAAAGAAGCAGAGGAAAUGUGUUCCAAGUUCACAAGGGAAGGAACAUCUGCCAUGGAAAAUCUCAAUGAAAUGCAGUGUAUGUGGUUUCAGACAGAAUGCAUUUCAGCUUACCAGCGUUUGGGGAGAUAUGGGGAUGCCUUGAAAAAAUGCCAUGAAGUAGAGAGGCAUUUUUUUGAGAUAACCGAUGAUCAAUUUGACUUCCAUACAUACUGCAUGAGAAAGAUGACCCUCCGUGCCUAUGUUGAUCUUUUGAGAUUAGAAGAUGUACUCAGAAGACAUACCUUCUAUUUCAAGGCUGCUAGAUCAGCGAUUGAAAUAUACUUGAAAUUGUAUGACAGCCCCUUAGCCAAUGAAAGCAAACAACAAGAAAUAAAUUCAGAAAACUUGUCAGCUAAAGAAUUGAAGAAAAUGCUUAGCAAGCAGAGAAGAGCUCAGAAAAAAGCUAAAUUAGAAGAAGAGAGAAAGCAUGCAGAAAGGGAGCGUCAACAAAAAAAUCAAAAGAAAAAAAGAGAUGAAGAAGAAGAAGAAGCCAAUAGUCUUAAAGAAGAACUUAUACCUGAAAAAUUAGAAAGGAUAGAAAAUCCAUUAGAAGAAGCUAUCAAGUUCCUUAUUCCUCUUAAGAACCUUGUUGCUGAUAACAUUGACACUCACCUAUUAGCAUUUGAAAUAUAUUUUAGAAAAGGAAAGUUUCUGUUAAUGCUGCAGUCUGUCAAACGAGCUUUUGCCAUCAACAGUAAUAACCCAUGGUUACAUGAGUGUUUAAUUAAGUUUUCUAAAUCUGUGUCUAAUCAUAGUAAUCUUCCAGACAUUGUGAGCAAAGUUCUUUUUCAAGAAAUGCAAAAAAUAUUUGUCAACAAGGAUUUGGAAAGUUUUAAUGAGGAUUUUCUCAAACAUAAUGCUACCUCUCUUCAGCAUUUGCUUUCAGGUGCUAAAAUGAUGUAUUUUCUGGACAAGUCAAGACAAGAAAAAGCAAUUGCUAUUGCUACUAGACUAGAUGAAACUAUUAAAGAUAAAAAUGUAAAGACUUUAAUAAAGGUUUCUGAGGCACUGCUUGAUGGCAGCUUUGGGAAUUGUAAUUCCCAAUAUGAAGAAUACAGAAUGGCCUGUCAUAAUUUGCUUCCUUUUACAUCGGCUUUCCUACCUACUGUGAAUGAAGUUGAUGGCCAUAGUGCAGCACUAAACCAUACAGCUAACUAUGAUGUCUUAGGAAAUGAAAUUUGAAAUGUCAUUAAAAAUUGACUUCUUGCACACUCAAAUAAAUUCAGAUAAGAGUUUCUUUUCCAGGGUCUUAAUGUAGAUAUGAAAUGAGAAAAUUGGAAUUUCUAAAUGGAGUAUUCCAUGAGCUUAUUUUAUUUAUCUUACUGCCAAUUUGCAUAAAUAUUUGUUGAAAUUGUUUAUACUUGUACAGUUUCUUAAAUUCUCAAAUUAUCAUCAUUGUGAUAGGUGCUGUCGUUUCUGUAUCAUUCAUAAGAUAAUUUCUUAUUAACCUAAGUUGUGUGUAACCCCUCUGUAUUCUUUCGAUCCUGGUUUCAGGACCUAAGUUUUGAUCUCUUAACUGGUUUGUUUUAUUGUUUAUUUGCGUGUUUUUUAAAACUAAAGCACCUCAAUCUUAAAGUGUUAAUUGUGUAUUAAAAACAAUAUGGAACACUUCUUGACAGACAUUGAGGUUUAUUUUAAAAUUUAACUUGCUCUUUUUCUCAUUUUUUUCAUGCUUUACAAUUUCCUUUUUAAUAUUCAUGAAAAUGAUACUUUCUAGUUGAAUGAGGAUACUCCAGGUUUAUGUAGAUGAUUCAGAUGUGGAGAUUGGUUUGCCUUGGUAAUGGAAAUCCACUAGUAAUUUGUUGCAUGUAAUAGACCAGUUUUAAAGACCCACAGGCAAUAAUUAUGCCUUUCUGACUAAGGUGUUUUCUGUAUUAAGAAACAUUUAUAAUUAAAUGGUGUGCUUCAAGGGAGGAUGAUAGGAAGGAUUACAAAUUAUAAUGAAAUAUCCUUACUCUUAUAGCCAUACAUUGACUAAAUACAUUCUUAUGUCAGUAAAAUAAGAAUUUAAACUGUCAUUAGUUUAAUACAUAGCAUUGUUGAACAAUAUUUUCUGGGGGAAUAGCUUUUUCUCUCAUGUACAGCAGUAAUAAAUGCAAUAUUUCAUUAUUUUGUUUCAGAACUGUAAAUAUAUCUAUAAUAUGAAUACUUCCCUUUAAAGCAAAUAGAAAUCUAAGAAGGGAGGUUUUAUUUAGACAAGCAGUUCUAAUUAAAAUGACUUCUUUUCACUCUUAACUGUUAGAUUCAGAUUUGGGGAGAAAAACUGUAAAAUAAUGCCACCCUGUAUAAUGCAGUAAUAAAUUAUUUUGUACAAAAUCACAUUUUUUUUGUUUUUGCUUCAUACUAUCAAAAUAUUUGUGCAAAAUGUUUUCUUCUUGAGGCAGUAAAAACUUAAUUAUAAAACUUAAAUUAUAAAAACAUAAAUCUUACAACCAUCUACCAAUAUAUUCUGGUGCUACAACAGCUUGGCCUCUUUUUUGUGUUUUAAUAACUAUAGAACUAUUAAAUCUUUCUCACCAAAAGUCUUGUCAACUGUGCAAGCCACCAAUUGCAGAAGAUACAAGUUAGUUAUAUUUAAUGUGGAAAUUGCAUUUUCAGUGGCAGUCUUGUUAAAAAGUAUUCCUGGACAUCACGUAGAAUUUUCAGGUAUAGAGUUUUCCUACAAUGGAGAUAAGGACAGUGGUAGGUAUGGAGGACUGGACAAAAGUAUUACACUGGAACUAGUGAAAUUUGUUUGUGUAUCUGUUGGUGUAUUGAAGUGGAAUUUACCAUUCUCCCUAUUCCCGUUUCAUUUUUAGUGGAAACAGUGUAUACUUGGGAUGUGAGUAGGGAUCUUUUGGAGCUAUGUAGGCAUGGUUGUUGAAUGCCUGUGACAUGCCAAACAAAUUUUUUUAUAUUGAAAAUAAUAGCAAAAUCACUGGAACUUCUCAUAAUCUAUGGAACUUUUUUUUUUUUUUUGGUGGGGGUGAAGUUCAUAAUGCAGAAAGAAUGAAUCAUUUAAUGUAUUUAUUGAGCACCUUUUAGCUUGAAGAUACCAUUACUCAUUACCGUUAACCACAUACCAUUCUGUGGUUAUCAGAGAUCUGUACAUCUUCAUUUCUGCCCUCAAUACUUCCCUUUAUUUUGUGACCUUGGUGAAAACCUUUAUUGAAAUCUGUGCCCAUUGUGUGACUCUUUCUAGUGGAAGCUGUUUACUUUCUCACUACCUCUGGAGAGAGUGUUCAUAGUAUAUUCACUCCCAGCCUCUGGUUCCAGCCCAUUACUCUUCCACUAUUGUGUAAAAACCUAGGUUUCUUUUAAGAUUAUAAGACACUGGGUUGUACCACCCUAGAGCCCUCUUUAUUGUUGUCAUUUGUUCACUUCUCUUGACUGGAGAACUUUUUGUUGUCUCCAGCUAUGCUUACAUUCUGGGUGCUUUUGGCCUGUUACACAAAUUCAACACUGAUUGUUCUGUUAGUUUCCUGAUCUCUCUAACUUAUUAAGUGAUUUUUUUUCUUCAUUUUAAUUAAACUAACCAAUCCCAUAGUGACU